AGAAUUUGGUAUUGGAUUUUCAAAGGCCACACAUAUUUGAAUAAUCAUCAUGUUUUAGAGUGGAAAAAUAGAAACACUCAUUUGCGCUAUGCACUGUUUCUAUUGUCUUUAAAAAAAAAACAUUGAGCUGGACAUGGUAGAUUGUGCCCAUCAUCCCAGCACUUGGGAGGCAAUGGAAGGAGGGUCAGGAGUUCAGGCUAGUCUUGGCUAAAAAUGAGCUCCAGUUCAGCCUGGGCUGCAGGAAUCUCUGUCUCAAAAUGCUAAAUGAAACUGGGACAUGGUGGUGUACACCAGUAAUCCUAGCACUCAGUUUGCUGAAGCAGGAUGAUUUUGAAUUAGAGGCUACCCUGGGCUAACCAGCAAGAUCAAAGGCAGCCAUAACUACACAGGCUAGAGAUGCUGGAGUAUACUGCAGGAGAGAGAACCAUGGUGGUAGCAUUUAUCUCGUCCAUUAUAAAAAUGCAGGUCCUUGUCAAAUGGUAUUUCAUUCAUUCACACAGCACUGUGAAUUUCAGGUCAUUGAAAAUAAAUUGUGGCUUUUCCACUGUACUGAGUCUGCUGAAAGGUUGCAUGAGCAAGGCCCACCCUCCUGAGCUGAAGAAAUUUAUGGACAAGAAGUUAUCAUUGAAGUUAAAUGGUGGCCAACAUGUACAAGGAAUACUAUGGGGCUUUGAUCCCUUUACGAAUCUUGUGAUUGAUGAGUGUGUGGAAAUGGCAACUAGUGGGCAACAGAAUAACAUCGGCAUGGUAGUCAUACGAGGAAACAGCAUCAUCAUGUUAGAAGCGUCUAAACAUGUUAGAAAGAGUCUAAACAAUGGCUGUUCAGCAGAGGAGUCCACAUCCUUCCCCUAAGGACUGUUUGAUUGGGGUGUAGAAUUGGGUCAGGUACAUUUUCAUAUGAAACUUUUUGCUAAAUAAACUUUUGUGAUAUUAAAAAAAGAGAGAGAAAACCAAUUGUGAAGCAAACAUUGGACAGACAGAAGACUAGAACAUCGCUGGGUAGAACAGAAAGGGAGAUACUUGGAGAAUGCAGAGGUUACAGGAAUUAGGAAAGACAGUCUAACAUGAGGACAUUCAACUGUUCAAUUGAAACUAUUUCUUAUUUCACUGAUUUCUUUCUGUAUGGAAGCAACUCAAGUCUGGAAAACUCAACUGUCAUAUUUAUAACAGGAGGCUAGUCCUACAGGAUAACACAUAUUUGUCAGUACACACCCUAAACCAAUUGGUAGGUCCUAUUCUCAACUUUAGUUGGAAUUCAAUAUCUAUUAUUCUACUAGAGAGUUGACCAAAAGGGCUAGGUAUAAAUGACUGAAUUUGAUCUCAUUCUGCAAUUGCAUGGUAAAGGAAAACAUGAAAGAAAGUACCACCUGCUUGCUGGUAUAUUUUUGGUAUGAGAGUAUG